AGAUCACAAUAAUAAAUUAGAUUGUUUUAGAGUUCCUAAUUAGUGAUGGCUCUUAAGUCCUUUGUAUUAAUCAUUGCCAUAUUGGCUGUGGUUACUUCAAUAAGCCAUGCAUCUGAUCCUAGUCCUUUACAAGAUUUUUGUGUUGCUGUUAAUGACUCCAUGACUACUGUUUUUGUGAAUGGGAAAGUAUGCAAAGAUCCAAAGGUUGUCACUGCUAAUGACUUCUUCAAAUCAGGCUUAAACGUAGUUGGAAAUACUUCAAAUAAUGUUGGAUCUGCAGUAACUGCUGUGAAUGUUAACAACUUACCAGGACUCAACACUCUGGGCAUUUCAUUAGUUCGUAUUGACUAUGCACCAUACGGUCUCAACCCACCACAUACACACCCUAGAGGAACCGAGGUUCUUACGGUCCUUGAGGGCACACUCUAUGUUGGUUUUGUCCUUUCAAACCCGGGUCCAAACAUGAAGAACAAGCUCUUUACCAAGAUUCUACAUCCUGGAGAUGUGUUUGUUUUCCCGAUAGGUCUCAUUCAUUUUCAAUUCAACGUGGGAAAAACUAAGGCAGUUGCAUUUGCUGGACUUAGUAGUCAAAAUCCAGGAGUCAUCACUAUUGCAAAUGCAGUAUUUGGCUCAGACCCACCAAUCAAUGACGAUAUCCUCGCUAAAGCAUUCCAAGUUGAUAAGAAAGUUGUGGAUUAUCUCCAAUCACAAUUCUGGUGGGAUAACAACUAAAUUAGUGUAAGCCAAACUAAGGUGCUAUAAUUAUUAUUUUGUGUGGUUUUUAUUUGUAAUCGUUAAUAAACUUCAAGAUUAUCCGGUCAUGUUGACUGAUUUUACUUGAUCUAUGUACCAUAAGCAUGAUAUGUUAUUGUUUUAUUAUAAUAAAAUUACCUUUAUUGUUUGUUGUUGU